UCCCGAAUCCCGAUCUCCCCAUUGACUCGUUAAUCUUUCGACGCAAUGGGAAUCGCCAUCACCUUAACAAAACUGCAAAUGUUAACACGACCUAAUCCCCCAUUCUUCGCCUCGUGCUAUCUCAGUGCGGCGUAUAAAAGUGCGUAGCCCCCACGUAUCUUUCCACGCUAAACGGGUCUAGAAGUAGUAAGUACCACCGCCGCUGCAGCGGUUAGCUUUCCAGCCGAUCCAUACCUUUGUCCUGAGCUGAGCUGCCUCCGUCCAGAGAGCGAUCGCUGCAAGCAAAGAAGAGAAGAUGAAGGUGCAGUGCGACGUGUGCGCGGCCGAGGCGGCCUCUGUCUUCUGCUGCGCCGACGAGGCCGCGCUGUGCGACGCGUGCGACCGCCGCGUGCACCGCGCCAACAAGCUCGCCGGCAAGCACCGCCGGCUCUCGCUGCUCAACCCGUCGCCGUCCUCGUCGGCGUCGGCGCAGCAGCUGCCGCCUCCGCUCUGCGACAUCUGCCAGGAGAAGAGGGGCCUCUUGUUCUGCAAGGAGGACAGGGCGAUACUGUGCCAGGACUGCGACGUGUCGGUGCACACGGCCAGCGAGCUCACCAUGCGCCACACCCGGUUCCUGCUCACCGGCGUGCGGCUCUCCGCCGAGCCGGCCGCGUGCCCGGCGCCGCCGUCGGAGGACGAGAACAGCAGCAGCAGCAGCUUCUGCUGCACCGCCCGCGACGCGGCCCCGCCUGCGCCCGCCACGAGCCACGGGAGUGACAGCAGCAGCAUCUCCGAGUACCUGACCAAGACGCUGCCCGGGUGGCACGUCGAGGACUUCCUGGUGGACGAAGCCACGACCGCCGCCGCCGCCGCCGCCGCCGCUGCCUCAGCGACUGCUAUCGGCAUCUCCGCAGACGCGUCGUAUCAGAUUGCAUUUGGGCAGGAAGGACUAACUCGGACCGGGGGGCUGCAGGACGGCUACACCGCGUGGAUGGCGCAGGAACGGCUGUUCUGCGAGAGCGCGGUCGCCGGCGACGCGCGGGCCAGCCGGGAGCGGUGGGUGCCGCAGGUGUACACAGAGCUGGCCGGCGGCAAGAGGUCCAGAGCCACGUCCGGCGCGUCGUAUUCUUACUGGUGAAUGAACGGAAGACCGUGUCCCCGUGCCAUCGGCUGGUGUACUACUACUAGUACAAUUGACUGUAACAGAAGUUGUUUCAGGCCUGUUCAUGUAUUUUUCGCUUCUGGGCCUCCUCGUUCUGGUGGAUGCUUCGGAGUGUUUGUGCUUUUUGAGGUGCUAGAGAAAAGCUCCGCACCUUUUGUGUCCCGUUUUUUUGCUCGUUGCAACUUCAGCUCUGUCUCUCUACUUUGUAUAUUGUAUAUCCCAACUGUUUUAUCUUUGUUAAGAUUUAGAGUAUA